GCGCAGCCCCAUCUUCUUCCUCGUGGUCGCGGCCAUGCUCCCCAUCAUCAUCUCCUCCUCCGUGUCCCGCCUCCUCGUCCCCGCGCUCGCUAGCCCUUCUCCUAGCCGAGCGGCCAACCGCCUCCUCCUCCUCUCCGUCCUCCCUUCCUCCUCCCCGCUCCGCGCCUUCUGCCCCCUCCCACGCCCCUCCGCCCGCGCCACCUGCUCCGCCGCCAUGGCGGAAGCCGCCGACAACCCGCUCCUCGCCGACUUCGACUUCCCGCCAUUCGACGCCGUCCAGCCCGCCCACGUCCGCCCCGGGAUCCGCGCCCUCCUCGCCCGCCUCGAGGCCGAGCUGGAGGCGCUCGAGAAGGGCGUGGAGCCGGUCUGGGCCAAGCUCGUCGUCCCGCUCGAGCGCAUCACCGACAGCCUCGACGUCGUAUGGAACGUCGUCGACCACCUCAAGGCCGUCAAGGACUCGCCAGACCUCCGCGCAGCGGUAGAGGACGUGCAGCCAGACAAGGUCAAGUUCUAUCUCAGGCUGGGCCAGAGCAAGCCCAUAUACCAAGCCUUCAACGCCAUCAGGAACUCUUCGGAAUGGGACAGCCUCAGCGAUGCUCGCAAGCGUGUCGUACAAGGCCAAAUAAAAGAUGCUGUUCUUGGUGGAGUCGCACUCGAGGAUGAACAGAGGGAAAAGUUUAAUCACAUCCAGCAAGAGCUUGAAAAGCUCACAGAGAAGUUCAGUGAAAAUGUGCUAGAUGCAACAAAGAAGUUUGAGAAAUUGAUUACUGAUAAGAAACAAAUCGAUGGCUUGCCUGCUUCAGCCCUCGGCUUAGCAGCGCAAACUGCCGUGUCAAAGGGUCAUGAAAAUGCUACAGCUGACAAUGGACCUUGGGUCAUUACACUGGAUGCACCGAGCUUUUCAGCAGUUAUGCAACAUGCGAAGAACAGAGCUCUGCGUGAAGAGGUUUAUCGUGCCUAUCUGACCCGUGCCUCGAGUGGAGAUCUUGAUAACACCGAUAUCAUAACUCAGAUCCUAAAGUUGAGGCUAGAGAAGGCUAAACUACUUGGCUACAAGAACUACGCUGAGGUAAGCUUGGCUCGGAAAAUGGCGACUGUUGACCGGGUGCAAGAGCUUCUUGAGAAAAUCCGGGCUGCUUCUUGGGAUCAUGCUGUUCAAGAUAUGGAAGACCUGAAAGCCUUUGUGAAGGAUUCUGGUUCUGCAGAAGCCAAUGAUCUGGCAAACUGGGACCUUAACUUCUGGAGUGAACGACUACGAGAAUCUAAAUAUGACAUCGAUGAGGAAUCACUGCGUCCUUACUUUGCCCUACCCAAGGUUAUGGAUGGCCUCUUCAGUCUUGCAAAUAAGCUAUUUGGUAUAAACGUUGAACCUGCAGAUGGAUUAGCUCCUGUUUGGAAUAGCGAUGUCAAAUUUUAUUGUGUCAAGGAUUCUUCCAAUAGUCCUGUUGCUUACUUUUACUUCGAUCCAUAUUCAAGACCAUCUGAAAAACGUGGUGGGGCUUGGAUGAAUGUGGUUUUUUCUCGUAGUCGCGUGCUCGCUCGCAAUGGAUCGUCUGUAAGGCUGCCUGUUGCCCAUAUGGUGUGUAAUCAGAUGCCACCAGUUGGCGAUAAGCCCAGUCUUAUGACCUUCCGUGAGGUUGAAACUGUGUUCCAUGAGUUUGGUCAUGCGCUGCAGCAUAUGCUUACCACACAAGAUGAAGCCUUUGUUGCUGGUAUCAGUGGGAUAGAGUGGGAUGCUGUAGAGUUACCCUCUCAAUUCAUGGAAAACUGGUGCUAUCACAAGGAGACUCUUUUGAGCAUCGCAAAGCAUUAUGAAACCGGUGAAGUUCUUCCAGAGGAAAUUUAUGCUAAGCUUGUGGCUGCAAAGAAUUUCCGUGCUGGCUCCUUCAGUCUCCGUCAGAUACGUUUCGCUAGUGUAGAUAUGGAGCUGCAUACGACUUAUGAUCCCAGUGGACCAGUGUCCGUGUAUGAUGUUGACCGGAAAGUUGCAGAACGAACCCAAGUUCUUGCUCCUCUGCCGGAGGACAGAUUCCUGUGUGGAUUUAGCCAUAUUUUUGCAGGUGGCUAUGCAGCAGGGUACUACAGUUACAAGUGGGCUGAAGUGUUAUCAGCUGAUGCAUUCUCAGCAUUUGAAGAUGCUGGUCUGGACAAUGAGAAGGCAAUCGAGGAAACCGGGAGACGGUUCAGGGACACAGUUCUUGCACUCGGAGGUGGAAAGUCUCCGCUUGAGGUUUUUGUUUCUUUCCGAGGCCGGGAGCCCUCGCCUGAACCGCUGCUCAGGCACAACGGACUGCUGCCUGUUGCUGCAUAGUCAUUCCUUAUUUUUUUUUCGUACUUUGCAUCCUGAUGAUAUAAUGUAGAGUACUUCGCCUGUUGCUGAACAAUUGUCGGAAUUUUUCUGCUGCCUAUUUCACUACUAGUUUGCAUGUCACCCUAUUUUAGAUUGUGAGAUCCGUGCAAGAGUUCAUAUUUUUUUUAAACUUAAUAAUUCAAGUUUUUUGUGCCAA